AUGUACCAUCUGGCUAAAUCGCUGUAUCUCUACGCCACUAGCAAAGAGGAAUACUCCGUCCUCCUCCUUGGCCUUGACAACGCCGGCAAAACCACUCUCCUCUCGCAAAUAAAGUCCCUCUACCAACCCCGUCCCGACGGCGCCCCCGCCCCCAACCCCGGCAAAACCGUUCCAACCGUCGGCCAGAAUGUCGCAAACAUCUCAUUACCGGACAUGUACCUGAAGAUCUGGGAUGUGGGGGGCCAAAUAUCCAUGCGCGGACUUUGGCAGAGCUACUACACCAGCUGUCACGCGAUCAUCUUCGUGGUAGAUAGCGCAGACGUCGGACAGGAUCCGGAUAUCGCUCGACUGUUUUCUACGGGACGACGACCUAGUUCGUCUGAGGCUAUGCAGCAAUUCACCGAGCAGAUGGUGGGUAUUAAUGCGCCCGGGAGCGACUUUGGGCGGUUAGAAGAGUGUCGCGAGGUUUUGGAGUCGGUGUUGCAGCAUUCUGAGGUUGCGGGGGUGCCGAUACUAGUUUUGGCGAAUAAGCAAGAUCGGGAGGAUUGUGUGGAGGUUGUGCGCAUUAAGGAAGGGUUUGUUCGGAAGGUGUUUGAGGGUGAGAAGGGGGCCGAUGUUCGGGAUAGUCGCGUACUCCCAAUAAGCGCGUUGAUGGGGAGUGGUGUUCAAGAAGCAGUGGAAUGGGUACAGAGUCGAGUGAAGUGGAAUAAGGAAGGGAGACCACCGGUAAUGAAGUGA